AGAAGUAGAAGAAUAAAAGAAAAAAAGAGCUUCCUUGGUUGGUUGGUUGCGCGCGCGCGCGCGCGCGCUCAGCCGCUCUCAACCACCGUUUGUCGGUCGUUCAUUCACGGUCAGGAACUACUACGUAUAAUAAAUACGUUGUAUGUGCAGUGUUCUACUAGUGAUGAUAGAUAUAUAAUAGUGUGGUGGUAGUAGUGUGUAUAAUAUUGCUUCUGUACUACUGAAUCGUCGUUUUUUCGUCUUCUUUGUGUCAUUGUUGGUGUUGUUAUUGUCGUCAUCAUUAUCAUCAUUAUCUGUGACAUAAAACGUUGUCAACUUCGUCAACUUGUCCAUCGUAUUAUACCUCUCUUGUGCGCUCGCGCGUUCACGGUAUAUCACACAACACACACACACAUCUGGGUUUUACCAACGUCACGUGUUAUAACUGUGUGACGUUUCGUUGUGACUAACAGAAUUUAAGUUACAAAAUAAUUUCUUUUUGAUUUUUUGUUGUUGUGUUGUUGUUUUGUUGUGUUCUAAUCUCUUUAACCUCUUCCAUAUCUUAUUUGUUUCUUCAACAUUUUAUUUCCCUGAGUGAAUCAUACCCAAAGUCUUCAUGGUUUUACACUCCGUUAGUGCAACAAUGUAGUUUUAUUUUUUCUACGUUUUCUUUAUUCCCUUUCCCUAAACCCACCUACCCACUCCCCACUACUUAUCCCUCCCUAUUUUAUCUACAAGUAUUUUUCAUUUUAUCUUUUUCUUUUUUUUCUCUUUUACUUAGUUUCAAAUAUGUGACAAAAUUGAAAGAAAAAUAAUAUAGCUUGGAUUCGUGGAUCGUGAAAGAGAGAGAGAGAGAGAAGAUACAAGACCAACCUGUCGUCGUGUGUCCCCCAUUUUUCCAUCAAUGUUUGGAGAAGAAGAAGAAAAAAUAAAGAAACAAAUAAAAAAAUAGACAGUAUCUUGAAGAGUCGAAAAUAAAUGUAAAAAAAAAAAAAAAGAAGAAAAAAAAGAAAAAACGUGUGUUAGUAUAAAAUAGUUAAAGGCGUGAGUAAGGAACCCACGCGUGUGGUGUGUGUCUCUCUUCUAAAACUUCAUCGAUAAUGUGUGCAAACGUUAUUGUUUUACUGUGAAAAAAAAAUAACAAGAGUUAUUCAUCGUCGUGUUGCAUCAAAAUACGAAACAUACACGCAGCUCAAGAAACGUAUUAUGAAAAUAAUAUAAACCAGAAGAGAAGACAUCAAAAAAGGAGAAAAAUGGCUCAAAUGGAACAGCAAUUACCCAUACCGAUGCCGGAUUUAAGUACUCUUCGCAUAACAACAGCAGUUUCUAUGCUUGGUAAAGCGUAUGGAUGUGGACAGUGUAGUGCCCCCCCACCUGGACCAACAACCAGCACUUCCGUUGGAACAGCCGGAGCAACUGGGAGCAAUGUUGUUACUCCAAGUUCUCUGGGGCUGGUCCCAACCCAACAAACACAUACUCCACCUCAACCUCCAGAACUGCCAAUGUUUUCAUGCCCACGAAGACCCAACAUAGGACGCGAAGGUAGACCGAUUGGAUUAAGAGCAAAUCAUUUUCAAAUUACUAUGCCAAGAGGUUUUGUGCAUCAUUAUGAAAUAAAUAUACAACCUGAUAAAUGCCCUCGCAAAGUUAAUAGAGAAAUCAUAGAAACAAUGGUUCAUGCAUAUAGUAAAAUUUUUGGAACUCUUAAGCCUGUGUUUGAUGGCCGAAAUAACUUGUAUACAAGAGACCCUUUACCUAUUGGAACUGACAAAAUAGACUUAGAGGUAACACUGCCUGGUGAGGGUAAAGAUCGAGUUUUCAGAGUCGUAAUAAAAUGGGUAGCUCAAGUUUCAUUAUUUGCCUUAGAAGAAGCACUAGAAGGGCGUACAAGACAAAUUCCAUAUGACGCUAUACUUGCGUUAGAUGUUGUAAUGAGGCAUUUACCAUCAAUGACUUACACACCUGUUGGAAGAUCAUUUUUUAGUAGUCCAGAUGGAUAUUAUCAUCCAUUAGGUGGAGGCAGAGAAGUAUGGUUUGGUUUCCAUCAAUCUGUUAGGCCAUCGCAAUGGAAAAUGAUGUUAAACAUUGAUGUUUCUGCAACUGCAUUUUAUAAGGCACAACCAGUAAUAGAAUUUAUGUGCGAAGUAUUAGACAUUAGAGACGUAAACGAACAGAGAAAACCAUUGACAGAUUCACAACGAGUUAAAUUUACCAAAGAAAUUAAAGGGCUCAAAAUAGAAAUAACUCAUUGUGGGACUAUGAGACGAAAAUAUAGAGUAUGUAAUGUUACACGUAAACCAGCACAAAUGCAAUCAUUUCCAUUACAAUUGGAAAAUGGACAAACAGUUGAGUGUACUGUUGCAAAAUAUUUUUUGGACAAAUACAAGAUGAAAUUGCGUUAUUCGCAUUUACCUUGUUUACAAGUAGGACAAGAACACAAACAUACUUACUUACCGCUUGAGGUAUGUAAUAUUGUAGCUGGACAACGUUGUAUAAAAAAAUUAACUGACAUGCAAACAUCUACUAUGAUAAAAGCAACGGCACGUUCAGCGCCAGAUCGUGAAAGAGAAAUUAAUAAUUUAGUUAGGCGGGCUGACUUUAACAAUGAUUCUUAUGUUCAAGAGUUUGGGUUGAGUAUAUCAAAUAACAUGAUGGAAGUUCGAGGACGUGUAUUACCUCCACCCAAGCUACAGUAUGGUGGGCGCGUAAGUUCCCUCAGUGGACAGGUAAUAAAUACGAAGCAGCAAGCAAUGCCCAAUCAAGGUGUUUGGGAUAUGAGAGGCAAACAAUUCUUCACAGGAGUUGAAAUAAGAGUUUGGGCAAUAGCUUGCUUUGCACCACAAAGAACAGUACGAGAAGAUGCAUUACGUACAUUUACAACACAAUUGCAAAAAAUUAGUAACGAUGCUGGUAUGCCUAUUAUUGGACAACCAUGUUUUUGUAAAUAUGCUACAGGACCAGAUCAAGUAGAACCUAUGUUUCGAUACUUAAAAGCAACUUUCAAAGCAUUACAACUGGUGUGCGUGGUAUUACCUGGGAAAACUCCUGUGUAUGCUGAAGUAAAACGAGUUGGAGAUACUUUGCUAGGAAUGGCAACUCAAUGUGUACAAGCAAAAAAUGUUAAUAAAACAUCACCUCAAACCUUGUCAAACUUAUGUCUGAAGAUAAAUGUAAAAUUAGGUGGCAUCAAUAGCAUUCUAGUACCAAGUAUAAGACCAAAAGUUUUUAAUGAGCCUGUUAUAUUUCUUGGAGCUGAUGUAACUCAUCCUCCUGCUGGAGAUAAUAAAAAACCCAGUAUAGCUGCUGUCGUAGGAAGUAUGGAUGCUCAUCCGUCAAGAUAUGCAGCUACAGUUAGAGUGCAACAACAUCGGCAAGAAAUUAUACAAGAACUCAGUUCGAUGGUCAGGGAAUUAUUGGUAAUGUUUUAUAAGAGUACAGGAGGAUAUAAACCACAUAGAAUAAUUCUCUAUCGCGAUGGAGUAUCGGAAGGACAAUUUCUACACGUUUUACAACAUGAAUUAACUGCCAUUCGGGAAGCUUGCAUUAAACUCGAAGCUGAUUAUAGGCCUGGCAUUACUUUCAUCGUAGUACAAAAAAGACAUCACACUCGUUUGUUCUGUGCAGAUAAAAAAGAACAAAGUGGAAAAAGUGGUAAUAUUCCAGCUGGUACAACCGUUGACGUUUGUAUUACUCACCCAACAGAAUUUGAUUUUUAUCUAUGCAGUCACCAAGGUAUUCAGGGAACAUCUAGGCCGUCUCAUUAUCAUGUUUUAUGGGAUGACAAUCACUUUGAAAGUGAUGAAUUACAGUGUCUUACGUAUCAAUUAUGUCAUACGUAUGUAAGAUGUACUAGAUCUGUUAGUAUACCAGCACCUGCUUAUUAUGCCCAUCUUGUGGCAUUUAGAGCAAGAUAUCAUCUAGUAGAAAAAGAACACGAUAGUGGGGAAGGAUCUCAUCAGUCAGGGUGUAGUGAAGAUAGGACACCAGGUGCAAUGGCACGAGCAAUUACGGUUCACGCGGACACAAAGAGGGUUAUGUAUUUUGCAUAAUUGUCUUUUUUUUUUUUUAAAACAUCAUAGAUAAAAGUAACAUAUAUACAAAACAAAAAAAAAAGGAAGAAAAAAAGAGGAAAUCAACGCCUUAUGUUGUUUUUUUAAAACAUGGCAUCUCAGAGCUUCAUAAUUGGUAAUUAUCAUAUCUGGUGGUAAUAAUCAUAUAUAGAUAAUUAUAACAUUACUGAAAAAUGUUGAAUGAUCUUCUUGAGUGGUCAAUUUUUUUUUUUUACUUUUAUAAUUAUAAUAAGCCUAUUCGCGGCGUGAGAGAUCAAACACGGUGAUAGCCAAGCCAGUAUACAAGUGAAAGAUCUGUAUUAUGAGUUUUCACUUAGAAUUAUACAAAAAUAGUUUAGAAAAUAAGUUUCGAAGGAUGUGGAUCAAGGACAAACAGUCAUAUUAAAAUGCAGCGAUUUGCAGCUUAAC